AUGGUUGAUUUUAAAAACCAGGAGGUUGAGCUGAUCUUUGAUAGCUUGACUGUUGAUUACUCCAGUUGUUGUUUUGUUGAGGUCUCCAUUAUUGUAGUUGUUGAAACCUCCUCUGCCAUUUCCUUGUCUCACGAACUGGACUUCUUCCAUGGUUGCUUGACAUGUAAAGCUACUGUGAGGACAUGUGCAUAUCUUACAGACAUCAGCCUUUGGUUUGUUGAUGUUAGCUCUCAACUUUGCUAUCUCAUUCGUGAUGGCUGCCAAUUGUGCUUGCAACCAGGAGUGAUGGAACUUGACCCCAGUACACACCUGCAAGCACAGAUGGCUGUAAUGAUGAAUGAGAUGACAAAACUGAGGAGUGAGCUAUCCAAAUCCAAGGCUGAAGAGCAAUCAGUGGAAAAACCUGGAAUGGAGGAAAUCAAAAUCCUAGCACCUAGUCAACAGCCACAUGAUGCAAUACCGCCAUAUCCAGUAAGGCAGAAGAAGGCCAGGGUGGAUGAAGGACUCAACAGGAACGAAGGAGGUAUUUGUCACCCCGAAUUGAUUUCAGAAAGUGCAAACAUAAAAGGCCUCAGGUCUCCAAUUGUUGUAGUAGUUGAAACUUCCUCUGCCAUUUCCUUGUCUCACGAAUUGGACUUCUUCCAUGGUUGCUUGACAUGUAAAGCUACUGUGAGGACAUGUGCAUAUCUUAUGGACAUCAGCCUUUGGUUUGUUGAUGUCAGCUCUCAACUUUGCUAUCUCAUUCGUGAUGGCUGCCAAUUGUGCUUGCAGGCAGCCAAGGCAGAAAUUCAAUUUAGUCCGAAAUCCCAUCAAUUUGCCAAUUCAGUUUUAGGGUUCUUGAAUCAUGCCGCCGGCAAGAAGAAAGAGAGGAGAAUCGGUGAAGAUAGUGCAGCGUUCGCCUACAUCAAACGCCAUAGGUGGGAGAUGUUCUCUAGGCCCCUUAUUCGGCUCAGGACCCAGAUUGUGCAGGAGUUUUACGGUAAUUUCUCCACCGCCCCCAGAGAUGGAGUUUUUGUCAGAGGAAUAUCUGUCAACUGCAGCACAGAGGCUAUUAGGGCAAUCUGGAAAUUGCCAAGAGUCAGCACAGAUUACAAAGACACCCUUGUUGCCCUGCAUCCGAAUCAGCCAUUGGAACAAGCAGUUCUGGAUAGAUUGGCAAAGGAAGGUGCAAACUGGGAAAAGGACGAUCAGGACAAUCCCUUAGGAUUCUCAGCUAAUGCCUUGCAGACACGUGAUCUGAACUUAUGGCAUCAUUUCAUCUACUGCAACCUGAUGUCGACAUCCUACACUGCCAAGGUUACCUACGAACAGGCUCUAUUGUUGUAUGCAAUUGUCACAGACACACCAUUUGAUGCGGCAUUAGUGAUCAGGGAUCAACUCACCAGAUGUAUCACAAACCCCAAGGUGAAGAGCUGGUACUUCCCAGUUAUGAUCACCAUGCUUUGCAGAAGGGCAGGGGUGACCUUUUUGAGCACAGACACUGAAAUCAGCCUGCAACAACCUUUAAGGCUGUCUAAAUUGGAUCAGAGACCUCCAGGUGCGUCUUCUUCAGGACAAGCAGCAUCCCUCCCCCGACUCUGGCUGGACAGUUGA